AUGGCCACCUCCACCACCAACAAGUCUCUGGCCGCGUCGGACAUCACGCUGGAGGAGUGGAUCGCCAAGACGCAGAAGCUGAUCAAGCUCGACUACGAGGAGGAGCUGGAGCAGAAUCGAGUCCAGUGCGAAAAGUACUCGCUGAAGGACCUGGAGAAGAGUGGCUUCGCCAUUCGCAAGCUGGUGGUCACCAACCACCGAAACGCCUUCGGCCGAGUGCUCUACCACUUUGCGCUGCCGCCGGCGAAGAAGGACGGCGUCAAUCUGACCACUUUUGGCAUCACCAAUGGGGACAUUGUGGCGGUGACUACGCAGAACGAAACCGGCUCCAAGCUGACGGGCGUCGUCCUGAAGAUGACCCGCAACAGCCUGGAGGUGGCUUUCGACCCGAACUCCAAGGAGCUGGCCGUCUUCGACCAGGCGGAGACCUUCAACCUGGUGAAGAUCGCCAACGACGUCACCUACCGGCGGCUGAAGUUUGCCGUCGACGAUCUCUUCAAGAACGCCCAGAAGACCUACCUGGUGAGGAUGCUCUUCGGCGAGGAGCCGCUUCAGGAGCCGCUGACGGUGCUGCCGCCCUACACGGUGCCACUUUUGGGAGAAAAAGAUGAAGAGGAAGAUGAUGAUGAGGACCACGGCGUCACCUGGUUCAAUUCGAACCUCAACGACUCACAGCGAGAGGCGAUUCUCUUUUCGCUGUACGCUCGCCACCUCGCAGUGAUCCACGGCCCGCCGGGCACCGGCAAGACGACCACCCUCACCGAGGUGAUCAUGCAGCUGGUCACCCGCGGCCAGAAGGUCUUUGUCUUUGCGCCCUCCAACGUCGCCGUGGACAACAUCUUCAAGCAACUGCUGAACGCCUCGCAGGCCGCCGCCGCUCGCUUCAAGGCGCUGGGCAAGCGGGGGACCACGCCCUUCAACUUUGUCCGCCUGGGCCACCCGGCCCGCGUGGACGACCAGCUGAAGGGCUACGCCCUCGACCAGGUGGUCCUCAACUCGGACUCCUCGGUGGUGGCCGACCUGCGCGCAGAGCUCGACCAGAAGACGAAAGGGACCGGGGAUAGUAAAGACAAGGGCACCUACCACCGCAUCAACCGAGGUGAGCUGCGGGAGCUUCGCCAGCAGAUCACCCAGUACGAGACGCGGGCCUUCAAGGAGUCGCUGAAGGAGGCGAAUGUGGUCUUUGCCACGCUGACCAGCGCCGCUCUGAACGGCCAGCUGAAGUACCUGCUCGACGCUACGGUCAAUGAGAAGAGCAGUUCCUUCAUGUUCGACGUGGCCAUCGUCGACGAGUGCGCCCAGUCGCUGGAGGCGGCCGCCUGGAUCCCGCUGGCCCACGCCCGCAA